AUGUGGGGAGGAUGGUUCGGUGGGUACUCGCCACCUUCGGACUAUGCCAACGCCGAAGUCCCCAACUUCAAUCUGAACGCCUUCAUCGUCAGUUUCCUCCUCGGUCCCUCUAUUUCGAGUCGUUUCAGAUCUCGUCGGUGUUCUUCGUACCUUACUUGGCGUUUCUGGUCGUGAUGCCUGGCGUUCGGCGGAAGAACAUCAUCACCCUCGUCGUCUUCACUCUUUUCAUUUUCGUCGGCUGCACCAUUGCAUGUCCGUUUUUUAAAACUUUUUUUCUCCGCUUUUAAGAUAGAAAAUUCGACACUUUCCAUGCCAUUGCUCAUGUUUAGAGUCAAUUGAGGCUACAGAAGGGGUAAAAGUUGAUUAUUUAUUCGUAUUAUAAUCAUUUUCCUACUUUUUCUCUUGAUCAACCUUUUAUCCGUGAAAAAUUGAUAGUUAUUUUUUUCAAUUUAGCUAGGAUUGAAACAAGAAAAUGGAAAAUCUAAAGAAAAUGUACCAGCCCAGCGAUAGGAGAACCUUCGACCACGCCCCCGCGUGGGCGAAGGUUCCUCAGUUGGUGGGUUGCUGGUUCCGCGUGUCCCCUCUAUCUCUCCUUAACUCCUGCCUGCCUGUAUUUCCCUGUGUCAAGCAGCUGACAUCCCAAACAGGAAGGUCCAAUACGCCAACCUUUAGAAUUGUAUCUGGAGGGAGUCUCUAGACUCUAAAGGCGGACUUUUGGAAUAAAAAACUGAAAAUUUUCCAAUUUUCAAUUUCUCGCUUUUUUCCAUGUGUCUAAUUGACUUAGGCUACGCGUACAUGUAGUAAACGAAGUUUUCGCCUAUUCGCAUUUUUCUUUUUUUUUGAGAUUGGUGAGAAAUCGAAAAGACAUUUUGUGAAAAGAAAGCAGCAAACAAAAUGCCACAAAUACCCCGGGAACUGUGCCAACAAGUUGCUGGAUGGCAGCCAAGGGAAAACAGUGGCAGCUCCGUUUGUUUGUUCAACCUGUCGUAUCAUUUCGAACUCCAAACUUUGCGCUCCACGAAUUCCGAUACUGAUACUUGAACUCGAAAUGUGGGGGCAAAGGACUACAAAAUUGCAUGAAAUCGGACCGAAUUUUGAAAAUUUCAGUGUCUUUCUUUUAUCCUGCAUGGGCCGGUGGAUCUCAGCGAAUUUAUGCCCAGUUCAGGUAUUUUCCUUCCAGUCGCUUUGAAUCGAUUUCCCCUUCAGGGCACACUCGAAUGAACGAGCUCUCGCCGGAAUCGGCGUCGAAAUUGGACUUCAGAAGGUGAAUGUCACCCUCAAAGGUUAGUCGGCUAAUUAGUUAAGUUGCACUUUUUUCUUUGCUCAGUCGAAAAAAGGAUUCACUCGAGCGAUUACAAACAUUCUGUAGAAGCAACGAACCUGUACUACAACGAAGGUUUCGACAUCACUGGAGGUAUAUUGGAGUUUGAAGUCUAUUUUAGUCAAAUAACCGUAUUGGCUAUAUUUUUAUUUGCGAGAACUGUAUUUUCAAAAAGACGAGAAAGUUAUUUUUUCGCUAAUAAUAAAGCUAAGAAUUUUAAAAAAAAGAGCUGUAACGGUCAGAAAUCGAAUUUAUUCAAAAACUAUUUGAAGUCACAGGUUUUUUUAAGCUGGAGAUUCAAUAAAGACAGUUUUCACUCUUAGAACUAUCCUAGCUCAAAAAAUCGAGAAAAAUGCUUUUAAAGUAUUUUCUUAUUUUUUAGGCGCUGAUAAUCAAAUUUUUUUCGGAAUUUUUUUCAACUUAUUUAAAAAUUAAAAAAAGUUUUAAAGUACCUCUAAUCGAAACUUCUAUGGACUGAGCUGAAUUUUCAGUAUCUUCGAUGUCAGAAGCGCUUCGCGCCGCUUUGUACCAUGGACUGCCGUAUCCGAUUCUGACAGUCCUUGAGUACUUUUCCCUCAACCAAGACGCCUUCGACUGGGGCCGUCAUUACCGCGUCGCCGGCUACUACACUCAUGCCGCCCUGUGGUCCGUUCUUCAUUCUUUGGUUCUGAACAUCUCCUCUUGCAGCUUCGCCUUGUCGUGCUGGGUUCUCUCCUUCGUCUUGCUGCUCCUUGUUCCGCAUCACUUCGACAAGGUUUGCUUUGUUACGUCAAUCAGAACUUGAGUUCGCGAAGAAGAGUUUUGGCAUCGGAAAGAUAGAAGUGUGUGGCGUGAUAAUGUUACAUCAAACCGAAAGGCACAGAAAACAAAUAGCAGGAUAGCGACCAAUUUUUUUUCAAUUAAGUCACGUGAUAAAAUUGAUCCUUUUUGAUUAGCCGUUGUUUUGGAGAAGCGGAUUGUGUCCUUGGGUAUCGUCCAAAUAGUCACAAGUUCAAUUCCUGACUCCGCUAAAUCUAAAGAACGGAGCUUUUUUUCUCGAAGACUUAAAACUUCGUCCUCGCUUUCAAAAUCCUAAGUAGCUUUUCAUCUAAUAUAUGCAUUAAUUUUUUUUUUCUUGUGACACCUCAAAUGUUUCCAUGACUGAAAUUUUGCUUUCAACCACAAAAAAGGAAACGGUGUUCAAACAAAAAACGGUACUGAUAUAUAUUUCAUUCUUUUCAUCAUAGUCUUCUCAUUCCGCAAAGUACUCCGGAAAAUGAGAUGAAUCUCUGGCGAUUCUCCCAGAAAACCAAUCACAAAACUGAUCUCAAUCAAUGUUUCCUGUCGUUUCAUCCAGGAAUCUUCCAGGGAGUUCUGGCUACUGGCUUCUCAUGCCUCGUCGCAUGUCUUUUGUACUUGCUGAUGUCGCCGUGCGAGCUGAGGAUCGCCUUCACUGGAGAACAUCACGAGCGCGUCGACCUCACCGUCACCUUCUCCUGGUGUUUCUACCUCGUCUUCGCAGUCGGUAUCCAUCCUCCCAUCUCCGAUUUCCUCGAAACUCAGCCUUGCAGGCCUUCUGUGCGUCGGCAGCGGCAUGGCCCUGCUUCUGAUGCAGCACUACAAGGUGUACACACUGUCCACCUUCCUCGACGCCACCAUCGAUGACGACGUCAGACCGCGGAAAAAGCGGUCGCCAGAGUUGCUCGACGUCGCCAGCAGCGUCGAAGUGAUGAAGCGCUGCCGAAUGACCCACGGCUCGGCCGACAGCGACAAAAACGCUUCAAGCGGGUUCCAGUCCCGCAACAGCAGCUGCUCUCCUUCUUCAGCGUCUCUCAGGUUUCCCAACGAUAUGAAACGGCAAAAGUUUGAAAAAUUAGCGUUUUACAACAAAAACAGAAUUUAUGGAAAUUCUUUGUUCUAUUUCAAAAUCAUCUUUUAAAAAACAAAACGAAUUUAGAAUUUUUUUUAGAGGAAAAAAAUAGAUGUUAUGUUAUAUAGAGGCCAAGAAAAUUCAUCGUUUUCCAGAAGCCAAUCAUCAUUCGAAACAGUGAGAGACGAGGAAGAACUCGAAGGGACGCCUCAAUUUGCCUCGCCUAUUUAG